CUCGAUAUAAUUAAGUCAAUUUUUGUAAAGUACAAACUGUUUCGAUAUUCAAUAAUUACAUAAGUUAUUAAUUAAAAUCAAACAAAUAUUUUGAAUUCAUUAAAUUUAAUGAUAAUUUGAGUUUUGAAAAAAUGGCAACGUAUCAAAAUGGACGUAAGAAUAAACCCUUAGAUAUAGUUAUCGUGGGAGGAGGUUUGGUCGGAUCACUGGAAGCUUUGUAUUUGGCCAAGAGGGGUCAUCGUGUACGCCUCUACGAGUAUCGUGAAGACAUACGGAAUACACCAACUGCUAGAGGGAGAUCUAUUAACUUGGCUUUAUCAGUCCGCGGGAGGAAGGCCUUGAGAGGUGUUGGUUUAGAGCAGGAAAUGGUACAAGAACAUGGCAUUCCAAUGGUCGGACGGUAUAUACACAGGCUUGAUGGAUCCACGUAUAUCAUACCUUAUGAUUCAAGGACUAAUCAGUGUAUUUAUUCCGUCGGCCGAAACUUUUUAAACUCUCUACUAUUAAAAGAAUCAGAGAAAUACAAAAAUGUUGAGAAAUAUUUUAAUCACAAAUUGAUAAAUACAAAUCUUCAAAAGGGUUUUCUAACAUUUCAAAAAACACAGACUAAUGAAACAGUAGAAGUAAAUGCAGAUCUAAUAAUUGGCUCGGACGGUGCGUAUUCUGCAGUUCGUAAAGCAAUGAUGAAGGAGCCAUUAUUUGAUUAUAGUCAAAAGUACAUUGAACACGGUUACAUGGAGUUAUGUAUACCACCCGGUGAUGAUGGCGAGUUUCAGAUGCCUUCGCAGUAUUUACAUAUUUGGCCGAGGGGUAACUUCAUGUUGAUCGCUUUACCAAAUCAAGAUCGUACUUGGACUGUUACACUUUUCAUGCCAUUUGCUAAGUUCAAUGAAAUUGACACGGACGAGAAGCUUUUGAAUUUCUUUGGAAAAUAUUUCUCUGAUGCAAUUCCUUUAAUCGGGAAGAAGAAAUUAAUAGAGGACUUCUUUUCUGGAUCGGCUUUACCUUUAGUUUCUGUUAAGUGUCGACCGUAUCAUGUUAAAGACAAAGCUCUUCUGAUUGGCGAUGCGGCUCAUGCUGUUGUACCGUUCUAUGGGCAAGGAAUGAACUGUGGAUUUGAGGAUUGUACGAUUCUAGACGAACUAUUUAAAAAACACAAUGAUAACCUUAAAAAUAUCCUUAACGAAUUCUCCGCUACAAGAUGGGUCGAUGUGUUUGCUAUAAGUGAUUUAGCUAUGUAUAAUUAUGUAGAGGUAAGAUUAAUAUAG